UGGCUGUACACAAGCAGUUUGAAGCACACUUCUCUGAAAAUGUCAGAUACACUAUAUUGCCAAAAGUAUUGGGACACCCCUCCAAAUCAUUGGAUUCAGAUGUUCCAAUCCCCUCCAUGGCCACAGGUGUAUAAAAUCAAGCACCUAGGCAUGCAGACUGCUUCUACAGACAUUUGUGAAAGAAUGGGUCGCUCUCAGGAGCUCAGUGAAUUCAAGCGUGGUACCGUGAUAGGUUGCCACCUGUGUAAUAAGUCCAUCCAUGAAAUUUCCUUGCUACUAAAUAUUCCAAAGUCAACUGUUAGGGGUAUUAUAACAAAGUGGAAGCAACUGGGAACAACAGCAACUCAGCAACGAAGUGGUAGACCAUGUAAAAUGACAGAGUGGGGGUCAGUGCAUGCUGAAGUGCGCAGAAGUCGCCAACUGUCUGCAGAGUCAACAGCUAAAGAUCUCCAAAACUGUGUGUGGCUUUCAGAUUAGCACAAUAAUGUGUAGAGAGCUUCAUGGAAUGAGCAGCUGCAUCCAAGACUCGCAUACCGAAGUGCAAUGCAAAGUGUCGGAUGCAGUGGUGUAAAGCACAUUGCCAC